UUGUGGCAUGUGUUGUGUGACAAAAAUGGUGCCCGUUUACCAGCUGGCAUUGAAUUUGUAAAUGUUACAAUAAAAUAACAGCUUUUUUUUGGUAUUUUAAAGUGUUAUGGCGUCUGUUCUUGAUUUAGUGAAACAUUAUCAACAUGCUAUAGAGAAGUAUCCCAACGACGAACAAAAAAUUUUAAAAUGUAUAGACAAACUGUUCAACCUGCAAGUGACAGUGCAGCACCUGCAAGAUACUGGCGUAGGGCGGACAGUCAAUGCUCUCCGGAAGGAGCCAGGAGAAGUGGGGCAAGCAGCUCGUGCCCUCGUCAACAAGUGGAAACUGAUGGUGGCUGCUGAGGAGAGCGAUCAGGAGACUGACCACAAUGAAUCUGCAAACCACAAUGGUUAUGGGAAUGGCAAAGAUUCAGAUGAUAACACAAAGUAUUCAAACCAAACUAGAGAAGAGAGAAGUAGCAACAGCUCUAGAAGAAAUGAGAAGAAUAACCGUGGGGAGAUGAAUGGCAACUACAGUGGUAGUAAAAGGAAAUAUCAAAGCAGUGAGGAAGAAGAACCUGACAUAAAAAAAUCCAAAGGUGCUGAUCGAAACUCUUAUGAUAGCUAUAAAAAAACAAAUGUCAAAGUAAAGCCAGAACCCAAGACGGAGAGUGAAAGUGAUGAGUCAGAACACUCAAACAGUGAUGAUAGCGAAUCUGAAAUGUCAGAAUCUACAGUUGAGGAAGUCAAAGUAAAACAGGAAAUGAAAUCAGAAUAUCACCAUAAAUCCUCAAAACAUUCUUCAAGUAGAAAUGAAAAUAACAAAAAAGAGUCAAGUUCAAAACAUGAAAGUAAAUCAUCAAAACAUAGUUCCACAGGAUCUAGAAAAGAAAGGCAUAGUUCUGAAAAAUCAUCUUCAAAAGAAAGCACCCAUAGUUCACAAAAGAGAGAAAAAGAAACUAGUUCUGAAAAGAAACACAAAUCUGAUCAUAAAGAAAAGGACAAACAACAAAAAGAGAAGUCUAAGUCAAGCAAACACAGCAGUUCAGACAGGCAUAAGUCCUCUUCACAGACUGAAAGCAGUUCUGAUAAACAUAAAAAUCAAAACGAGAGACACUCUGAUAAAGCAGACAAGCACAGGAGUUCCAGUUAUUCACACAAAUCUGAAAAAGACAAGCACAAAAGUUCUUCAGAAAAAGAAAUUUCAUCUGAGAAACAUAACUCAAAAGAUCACUUCAGUAGUAGUAAAGAGAAAAGUAGUUCCUCCAGCAGGGAAAAAUCAAAUAAAGAUAAGGGCAGUAGCUCUAAAGAAAAAUCAGAUAGCCAUAAGAGUGAAAAAAAACAUUCAUCAUCAUCAUCAAGUGAUAAAAAUAAAAGUAAGGAUAAAACUAAGGAUAAAGUUGAAGAUAAGAAUGAUAAUAGGUCGAAACAAAAGUCCAGUUCCUCAUCACAUAAAAGUAGUAAGCCCACCAGUAAUAAGUCAACAGAAGAUAUACCAAAGAAAAAAAAUCCAGUCAGUCACAGUGAGGACAGCGAUGAUGGCAUAGAUUGUGGAUCAGGUGCAAGCUUUGCUGAAGCCCUGGGCAUGAUAAGUCCUGCAAAACCUAAAAAGAAACCUGGGACACUCAAGGAAUCAUAUUCUCCUGGGAACACAGACUUGAGUCCAGCAGCUCUCCUGGCUCCCAGUGCUAAACUGGCCCCACUCCCCACUCUGGAAAUAUCCGCGUUACCAGAAAUAUCACCCAAUUAUAAGCCACGGCCGCCGCCAAAACUCAUGCCGAACUUCACCGAUGAAGAGGCCAUGAGCGCUGUCAUAUCAUCUAAAAACCAAAGAACUAAAGUUUAUUCGGGUAACAAAGUAAUGGGAAGAAUUCCAUCUCUAUACGAGAUGUGCGUGCACAUACUACAGGAACAUAUUGAUGCACUCGAAUACACGGGUGGCGUGCCAUACGAAAUCCUCAAGCCUGUGAUCGACAAAGCAACUCCUCAACAACUUUUCCUGUUAGAACAUUACAAUCCGUACCUAAUGGAGGACACUGAUCAUCUGUGGCAGAAAUUCUGCGAGAAACACUUUAGGAAACAACAGCGACAAGAAAUGGAGACUUGGAGAGAGAUGUAUAUGAGAUGCCAAGAAGAACAGGAGCAUAGACUGAAAUCUCUCACAGAAAACAUCAAGAUAGCACAAGAAGCAAAGAAAGCGCCCAUAAAACAGACGAAAAUGGCAUAUGUGGAUACUGUGGUCAAACCCCCUCGAAAUAUCGCACGAAAGCAGGCGCUGCACGGCACGGCGCACGCGGCGUCGGCGAGCCCGGCGGCGCGCGUGGCGGCGCUGGCGGCGGCGCCCAACAUCCUGCGCGGCGCGGCGCGGCCCACGCCCGCCGCGCCCGUCUCCGCCUCCUUCAAGCCCAAGAAGGCCCCGCUCAUGGCCAAAGCUCUCCAGUUCAUGCGCGGCCGCAAACGAUGAUCCCCCUGCCGAUAUCUUGUGUAGUUUCAGUGUUUAUAUCUCAAUAGUGGUUAAGACGAGCGAUAAUUAGUUGGUUGAGUGACUGUGGAACCCUAAACAGUGAAGCGCCAUCGUAAGGUCGGGUCUCCAGCGACAGUGUUUUGUGUUUUCUUAAGUCAAACAUUAAACCAAUGAUUAUUUUGUUACAUUAAAAAAAAACACAAAACAGUUUCGCAAAUAACCCGUCUUUAUAAUAGCAUAAAACCCUCUGCAGAUCAGUAGCUUAGACUGAGCUAUUGGGACUUAUUUUACAUCUGAAUGAGACUGUUCCUGUUUUAGUCGAAAAUUUCAUUAAGCAUGUAGGUUAUUUGAGGAAACAUCAGCAAGUACUUAUUGUAUACUAUUUGAGUGUAACAGAAAUAUCUGUGUUCCACUUUUGUAUUUAAGGGAUAGACUACCACUUUCGUCUUUUGAAAUAGUGAUAUUUUCCGAGCAAGGAAAAUUGCUAGCCUUUCGUGAAGAGGACAAUCAAAAUGGUCCAUUACAAUGUAUACAAAGAAAGCUUUCUUUAUUUACAUUUGGCCAGUGUGAUAUGUUUUAUAUACUCCAACGCACCAUACAAAAAUCUAACUUCUGUGCAAGUACAUUGGUGUAACACAAAAGUUGAAAUUCUUUUAACUAUUACAAAAGCUAUAAAGGACUUGCGGGGCUAUAACUACAUAGGCAUAUAUCAUUUGUGUAUUUUCAAAGAUAGAGAAAUGCUAUGUCUAUGUUAUUGGAUAGUCCUAGUGAGUAUUGCGUGGAAAUCCAAACUGCUUACAGAAGUGUUAUUAAAAAAUAAACAGCAGUAUCAUGAACCACAAAAAAUAGUCAUCAGUCUAUUCCUUUAAACAAAAGGUACAUACUGAUGGCCUAUUUGAAUUUAUUGACAUAAUUUACGAAUAUAUUUUUAUAAAACAAAAUACGAUAAUGUAUUCAAGUUUUGAUUGUAAUAAUAUCUUUAUAGGCUGCAAUUUAAUCGUCAUAAAAUUAAAAUGGUGUAAAUAAAGUUAGUAAACAAAUUCUUUCUUACCUUAACUAUUUACAUAGGUUUAUUAUUUUAUGUUCUUUUAGAAUAAUGUUCCUGAUAGAAACCAAAAAUGAGCAGAAAAAUGAAGUAAAUAUAUAAAUAGAACAAAAUAAAUCACAUUUCAAAAUUUGUGUAGGAAUAUUUUAGAUAAAUGUAGCUAAAUGUUCUUAAUGUCCCAUAUUGCCAACCAAUUUGUAAAUAGUAAAAACUGUAGUAUGUUUCAGUUAUUCAUUCAAAAUAUUACUUGUAUUGAGUCAUUUUUUUAGAUUUAUUGGAAUGUUGAAAGAACCAAAUGUGUAGGAUGCUGUGAUAUGUUUGAAACACAACAUAAAGAAAUUGUGAUGUAGGUAUAUGUUUUAUACAGUUUACUGUAUCAAACUAUCUGAAAGGUAUAAUAUACAGUUAUGUAUGUUGGUGUGACAUAGUUUUGUUGACAUACUUUAAUUUGUAAAAAUAGGUAGUUCAUCUUAUUGUAGUUUAAAAUAUAUAGCAAUGUCUGUUUUGUAGUUGCUUAUUAAAACUACAUUCAGAGUCCAAGUUAAUUGCAAUCAUGUGGAAAAUAUUAACUACGUGACUAUAACCUUCUUGCUUUUUAGUAGAAUUACUUUAUUUACUUUCUAUGCCCACCUCUUCAGCGCAACUUAAUAUCCUCAGAGCGUAAUACGUCCUUCUAAUCCUGACACAUUUUGCAGUUAAAUUUAUUGUACUCAAUCAUUAAAAAAUAUGAGGGGAUUUUUCAAUAGAAUCAACAAUAAUUCAAGUUAUAAAACAAGUGAAGAUACCAUUUAUUUACACGCAUUUUUAUCUCUUCUUUUGAUAAAGUUAUCUAAUAAAUGGGACACAAGACACAACUUAGCAUAGAAUCUAUGAAUUUACUAUUAAAAUUAUGAGUAGUAUACACUCAUUCAACAAUGAUGUAAUUGUGAAACUUCACAAAAAUAUUACUGCUCUGAUUUACAUAUCGACUAUAAGAUAUUUUUCACUUCAAGAAUACUUAAAACUUGAUAAAGCUUUGCGGAUUCUUUUCAAUGAGAUACUUGAAUAGCUGCAUUGUUUUCUGUUAAUUUUUUUAUGAAUUGCCAUUAUUUAUACAGUGAAUAAAUGGAUUAAGUGGAAUUUAAA